AUGCCACCGCAAAUCACAUUUAUAAACUUGGCCAAAGAAGUAGCAAUUCCAAUCAAGAUAUUCAUCAAAAACAUCCCACUAGAUUCAACAACGUCAAACACGGGAUUAGGUGAAGGAACACUAGGGAAUUGUCAAUCAGAUAAUCUUGAUACUGGAACUGGCACUAGGUCCAGCACUAUUGCUGCUUCUACUUCUACUACUACAUCGUUAUCAAUCAAUGAAAAAUCGCCAAUAACGAUCCACAACAUCAACCAAAUCAAAUUAAAUCAACACCAGAUCAAGACUUUAAUCGAUACCAUAUCACCACGAAUCAAGAAUAUACUCUAUUACAAUCUCCGCCGAUUCCAUCAUCAGCGAACUGGAACCAAUGAAAGUAUGGAGGCGGAUAAUAACGAGCAGGAUCUAGGUGUUUACGAUGAUGCAGCAUUUCAAUUCAAAAAUAUCGAAGACUAUUACAAGACUACUACAUUCACCAUCAACUCUCAUUACAAAGUCACCAUCCCCGUUGACGUAUUGUACCAAGUCCGAUACAAGUUGGGCUUACUCGAUUAUGAUGAAGCGAGGCGGCAUUUGCGCGAUUGUGGGUUUAAUUUAGUGGUUAAGCAGCCGAUUCAUCAUCAUCAUCAUCAUCAUCAUCAACAACAACGUCGUCGAAAUGUGGGAUCUAGUAGCACCAAUACUGAACAAAGCAGACACCAAAAUGAACUGAUGAUAGAGAGGGGAGAUAAUGAUAAUGUGGAUAAGGAACAGAAGGAAAUUGAAGAAAAUGAUGACGAUGAUGACGAUGGAGUGGAACAAGUGAAGAUCAAACAGGAAAAGACUGAUGAUGAUUACAUCAAUGAUCAAUCAUUGUUUGCAUCGUUUGAUCAAGAAGAAGGAGAAAAGAAUAAAGCUAAUGAUGCUGCAUCGAAGAACAGUGGAUACGUAUUUCAAGGUAAACUGAUUAUCGGUGAUUUUGCAACUUGUAUAAAAGUCUAUGUAUAUUGA